AAAAGAGACCAGCCCACGAUGCAUACCUCCCACCCCAAACCAGACCAAACUCCAACUCCAACCAACCCGAGCUCUGUCUUCCCGCAACCCCCAAUCAAGCCGAUCUCCUCUCCCCCGCCGCCGGCCUCCUCUCCCCUCACAGGCCAUAGCGUCGCUGCCGACCAACUCGCCCCUACCACCGUCGGCGAGCUUGUCUUCUCUCCUUCUAUCCAGCAGAUCAGGCCGAAACCCUAGCUAUCUAGCCCGACGCCAUGGCGACCACACGAGGACCUGAACCCGGCCAUGGAUGGCGCGGAUCAAAUCCACAGGAGGACGCCAUGCACAAGGAUCCCACGGCCAUAGCGAUCUAGCAGGCAUCAAAGGAGGAUGCUGUCCAUGGCAACACGGGAUCCGGCAGCCACGGUCACUAGCGUCGUCGACCUGGCUUGGUCGGGCCUCGAAGGGGAUCGCAUGCGUUCCCACAACCGCGAGCGGCGCGCCUCUCCUUUUGCUGAUCAACUGCAGCGCGGGGUGUUUGUGUUCUAUCACAGGCAUAGUUUGAAGGAAGUUUUGGACACCCCAGGUGUGAUGUCACUGAUAAAAGAUACAAAAGCGGCACAGGAGGUGCAAGCUUUGAAAGAGUUCUUCGCUAUGCUUACUAAUGACUCAGCCCGAGCGUGUUAUGGACCUAAGCAUGUUGAGGUCGCACAUGAGCGCCUUGCAAUACAAACUCUUCUGAUGACAGAUACUUUGUUUCGGAACACGAACAUCGCUAGCAGUCACCAACCACUCAUUGUUCCCAACUAGAUAUGCUUCAAUCGUCAUUCCCGCCUCACGUUUCAUGAAGCAAGGAGAUGUUUUCUGCCUCUCAUUUUUUGUAUAUAGAAAAGAAUACCAUUUUGUUAUGCUACUGGCCUUUGUUAUAACAUUCUGGAAAUGUUUUGGUUCAUGGGAUAACCAAGUCGGUAUCAUCAUACUUAUACGACUGCUUGGCAAUUUUCAUGUUUGCAGAUAUAUCAUUCUAGCGACCAGUACAUUAAAAGGACAGUUCUUCUACAAAUACAGGAAUACUACUAGAGGAUCAUAACAAGGGGAAAGGAUAAGGGAGAAGGGGACUCUACAAAGAAAGGACAAGAAGAUGGCCCUGAAAAAUGAGUAGCCGGAGAACAAGAAGCUUAUUGUUGACUUCCUACAGAAAUAUCAUAACACGUGAGAAAAUUGCUGGAGAAAGAGAAUUUAUUAAUCAAGUGGUAGUCAAGUCUGCAUUACAAAGAUCAGGCACCUCGUCUGGUCCUCACUGAAGUGACUAAAGCCACACGACAGUGCGCUUCUUUAUUCUACCAAAAUUUGCUAAAAAUGGUUAACUGAGGUUUGUUCCCGCCUAACAUGCUUGACUAAAAAUUCCUACUUUCUUGUCGAGAAACGGAAAUGAUGGUAUCCAAGAAUGAAGCGAAGUGGGAGAAAUACAUCGGAGUUUGUGAACUUUUUUUUAUAGAAAGACCAAUUGGUUUAAUACUUGGUCCCGAAACUUCACUUUAUGAUUUUGUAAAUAAAUGACAUGGCAUCCAAUAUUCACUUAGAUUAUUUUUUUCACAUGCCUUUGUGGUUUAAAUUCCAUGUGUUAGACAAGCAUGUACUAUUGAUCUUUAGUUUCUAUGUAUCAUCAUCAGAUUUCGGUAAGAGUUCGAGCAUCUUU